UUCCCCACAAUAAGUAUCAUAUAUAACUUCAUAUCUUUCAAAUCGCUAUGAUCUCUAGCUUCUCUAAACUCAACCAUGGCUGCUACAACUUCAGCCACUGUGACUCCACAGCUUUGUUCGUCAAAAAAUGGGAUCUUUUCACCUUCUCAAGCUUUACUCUUGAAACCCAUGAAGAGCUAUGGCCAAAAGAGUGGAAAAAUUGUUUGUCAGGCUACUACAAUUCCAGCUGACAGGGUACCAGACAUGGGAAAGAGGCAGCUUUUGAAUUUGCUUCUUUUGGGGUCUAUCUCUCUACCAACGGCUGGAAUGGUUGUUCCUUAUGCUUCUUUUUUUGUUCCUCCAGGGGGGGGAGGUGGAAGUGGUGGGACAAUCGCCAAGGAUGCCGUAGGAAACGAUGUAAUUGCAGCUGAGUGGCUCAAGACUCAUGGCCCUGGCGAUAAAACCCUUACUCAAGGCUUAAAGGGUGAUCCUACUUACUUGGUGGUGGAGCCCGACAAGACUCUCGCAACCUAUGGCAUCAAUGCAGUUUGCACUCACCUGGGGUGUGUGGUGCCAUGGAAUGCAGCCGAGAACAAAUUCAUAUGCCCCUGUCAUGGCUCUCAAUACAACAACCAAGGAGUGGUGGUUCGAGGCCCUGCUCCUCUGUCUCUUGCACUGGCUCAUGCAGACAUUGAUGAGGGCAAGGUGGUGUUCGUCCCAUGGGUUGAAACCGAUUUUAGAACAGGUGAAGCUCCAUGGUGGGCUUGAGUCCUUGAAUUUGUGAUAAGAGUGAGUGGAUUGUAUUGCUUAGAUAUUACAGAGAGGGGGGCAGAGAGUUGUAUUGCUUAGAUAUUUCGGAUCAAACACAAACUCAACCACGAGAAAGAUCCCUGAUAAAAGCUUCUUUAUUCCAUGCGUAAGUUACUCCUCGGUCCAUGGCCGUUUUCUCAACACCCUUAUAUAUGCAGUGACAUUUUCGCACAUGUUAUUGUAUAAUUUUGGACAAAUAGCAUUAGAAAUCUAUCGCACAUGUUACUAAAAAGACUUUAUG